CUUUCAAUCAUUAUUUGGCUUUUCUUUUGGCCCUCCUUGCAGAUUGGCUGCUGCUCUGAAAGAACUGAAUGUUUGGGUUGUGAAUGUUAUCUCCGUAGAUGCUCCAGAUACACUACCUAUUAUAUACGAACGAGGUCUAUUUGGAAUUUAUCAUGACUGGUGUGAAUCCUUCAGUACAUACCCAAGAUCUUACGAUCUUCUCCAUGCAGAUCAUCUCUUCUCAAAAAUUAAGAAGAAGUGUAAUUUCAUGGCUCUUGUAGCGGAGGUUGACCGAAUAUUGAGACCCGAAGGAAAGCUCAUUGUCCGGGACAAUGUUGAGACCCUUAAUGAACUUGAGAGCAUUUUCAAGUCUAUGAAGUGGGAGAUUCGCUCGACUUACUCUAGGGAUAAAGAAGGAUUGUUGUUUGUCCAGAAAUCCAUGUGGCGCCCUACUGAAGCCGAGACAAUUGUAUAUGCUAUUGCUUAAGGUUCCACAAAACAUACACAUUUUGAUUCAUUAGGCUUUCCUACCACGGAGAUUAGGGUUUUUCCAUCUUUUUUUUUUU